GUCAAUAGCAGCCAUGAGGUGUCUGGUCUUUGUUCUGCUUCUGGGAGCCGCAUUGGCUCAGGAGGAUGAUAAGAUUGUUGGAGGGUAUGAGUGUCAGCCUAACUCCCAGCCCUGGCAGGUGUCUCUGAACGCUGGGUACCACUUCUGCGGUGGCUCCCUGGUCAACGAAAACUGGGUGGUGUCUGCCGCUCAUUGCUAUAAAUCCCGCGUGGAGGUGCGCAUGGGCGAGCACCACAUCAAGGUGACCGAGGGCACCGAGCAGUUCGUCUCCUCCUCCAAAGUCAUCCGCCACCCCGACUACGACUCCUGGACCAUCGACAACGACAUCAUGCUGAUCAAGCUGAGCAAGCCCGCCGCCCUCGACAAAUUUGUGCAGCCCGUGGCCCUGCCCAACGGCUGUGCCCCCGCCGGCACCAUGUGCAGAGUCUCUGGCUGGGGCAACACCAUGAGCUCCACUGCUAACCGCGACAAGCUGCAGUGUCUGGAGAUCCCCAUCCUGUCAGACAGAGACUGUGAGAACGCCUACCCUGGCAUGAUCACCCCCGCCAUGUUCUGCGCUGGAUACCUGGAGGGAGGCAAGGACUCCUGCCAGGGUGACUCUGGUGGCCCCGUGGUGUGCAACGGUCAGCUCCAGGGUGUCGUGUCCUGGGGAUAUGGCUGUGCUGAGAGGGACCAUCCCGGAGUCUACGCCAAGGUGUGCAUGUUCACCGACUGGCUUACCUCCACCAUGCCGGACACAACGCACAUGUCCCCAGCUUUAGGACAGGCCCUGGGCAGGGAGACGGGCCGCACAAACUUGUUUACGGUGACGGGGUGUGCCAGCUUCAUCAGCAUGAUGUCGAAGUCCAGGGUCUGUCAGCAUUCUUUGAACGCCAUGAGACUGCUUUUGCUGCUGGUGCUGGUGGGAGCUGCUGUGGCGGUUCCCAGAGAGGAUGGCCGAAUUAUCGGGGGGUACGAGUGCUACCCUAACUCCCGGCCCUGGAUGGCCUCUCUCAACUAUGGCUACCACUUCUGUGGAGCAGUGCUCAUCAACGAACAGUGGGUGCUCUCUGUCGCCCACUGCUGGUACAACCCCUAUGCCAUGCAGAUCAUUCUGGGUGAGCACAACCUGCGGGUGUUUGAGGGCACUGAGCAGCUCAUGAAGACUGACACCAUCAUUUGGCACCCAAGCUAUGACUACCAGACUCUGGACUAUGACAUCAUGCUGAUCAAGCUCUUCCACCCGGUCACCAUCACCGACGCUGUGCGGCCCAUCCCCCUGCCCACCGGCUGCCCGUUUGGAGGGAUGCCCUGCACUGUCUCGGGCUGGGGCAACACGGAGAGCGAGACUGUGAACUUGCCCACCCGCUUGCAGUGUCUGGACGUGCCCAUCAUUGACCAGAAGGACUGUGAGAACUCUUACCCCGGCAUGAUCACUCGCAACAUGGUGUGCGCUGGCUACAUGGACGGGGGCAGGGAUGCCUGCAAUGGCGACUCUGGGAGCCCACUGGUGUGCUACGGGGAACUGCAUGGACUGGUGUCAUGGGGACAGGGUUGCGCUCAACCUAACUACCCGGGGGUCUACACCAAGGUGUGCGAGUUCCUGUACUGGAUCAAGGACACCAUGGCGGCCAACUGA